ACCCGAUUUGACGCCUUACAUCUUUUUUAAAUUAGAACAACAUAUCCGUUCAUUAAUUGUUGAAGCUAAAACAAUCAAAAUGUCGAAAAGUCAAGGUUAUUUAUAAAAAAUAAGGAAAUCAUUCUUGUUUUCUCACUUGAAUAUCAAAACAAAAACAAACUUGAAUAUCAAAACAAAAACAAUUCAACAGGAUUGGAUUGAGUUGAGUGUGAUACAAUGGCUCAGAUAUACAACGACAGACAGGUUCUAGUGGAUGUAAACGAACUGCAACAUACUGAUCGUUAUUUUUCACCCGAGAGUCAGUAUUAUAGAACUCAAAUUCAUUCUGGAAGGGAGAUUGAUAGAGGAUAUGAAUCAGAACCUAGAGACUAUAUGUGUUCUGCAAUGAUGGCAUGCAUUUGUUGUUGCUGGCCGUUAGGAUUGAUUGCUAUGUAUUUCGCAAACAGUGCAAAUGAUGCAAGAGCACAGGGACAUUUCGAAGAAGCUAAAAAGAAAAAUCGUCUGGCAAAAGUCAUGAUUAUUUCCUCAGUUAUUUCCGGAAUACUAAUAGUUGGUGCUUUCGUUGUAAUUCAAUUUUAUUCGCAGCAAUAACAUUUAUUGGUGUCAAUAAAUCAUGCUUAUAUCAACUUUAAAAACUUCUUUUACGUAGUGACAAAAAAAUCGUUUUGCACUACUGAUAUUUGUUUCAGUUUUUUUCCUUAUAAGUGUUUCUAUUACAUUGGUACUUUUAUAUUAAAGUCAUUAACAUUUA